UACAGCUAUAAUGAGAUUUCUCUGAUCACUCGUUAAUUCCUUCCUGAUUUCAGGGUCUGGUCUCAGGCACAGAGGGCAGAGAUGGAAAAUGUGUCGUAUGUACCUUUGAAGCAGCCCAUCGUGUUCACAUUGGAAGGCUUCAUCAUAACCAAGCAGCAGGGGUACCCCCUGUUUGUGGUCUCCCUCAGCAUGUACGCCGUGAUGCUGCUGGGAAACAUCACCGUGGUUACGGUGAUCGCCGCGAACACCAAGCUCCACAAGCCCAUGUACGUGAUGAUGUGCAACCUGGCAGCGUGUGACCUAUUGGGGGGCACUGUAGUCCUGACCCAGCUGAUGUCACACUUUUUGACAGGGGAAAAGAACAUCGGCUAUGCUGCGGCCAUUUUCCAGGUCUUCAGUGUGCACACGUACGGUUUGGCCGUCACCACCAUCCUGUCCGCCAUGGCGUACGACCGCUAUGUAGCCAUCUGCCAGCCACUGCACUACCACGCCAUCAUGACCACUAGAAGGCUGGUUUCACUGUGUUUCCUGGCCUGGUUCAUCGUGUUCUGUUUGGUAGCAGGCCUCCUCAUUCUGAAUGUGCAAACGCCGCUGUGUAGGACAUUAAUCAUGCACGUCUACUGCAGCCAUCAAUCUAUUCUGAGUCUGGCCUGCAUCCCCAACCCCAUCAGCAACACCUAUACUUUGUGUUCAUUUUGGUUCAUAAGAACAGGCUGCUUCCUAAUCAUUGCUUUUUCCUAUCUGAAGAUCCUCCAAGCAUGUGUCAUGAAACAGGAGAAGAACAGUCGGGGCAAGGCCAUACAGACGUGCGCCUCCCAUCUCACCAUUUAUAUCCUCUUUGAGAUCUCUAGCUUCAUCAUUGUCGUGACCUACAGUUUCCAAGAGAUUAGCUCCAAUGCCAAAAAGUUCUGCGCCAUUCUGUUUAUUAUUGUGCCCCCCAUGGUCAACCCGAUUAUUUAUGGUGUGGCCAUGAAAGAUAUUCGCAAAAACAUUGUGAAGUUUUUCAAAUCCGCUGCCUUGCCGAAAUAGGAAAACGAGCGACUACCCUCCAGUUUUCCAAAUGCCAUUUAAAAAAUGUUUAUUUAGGUUGAGGAAAGUUGGUUAAGUGUUAUGUUUUCAUCACAACCGUAUCUCUAAAACAUUUUCCUACAAAAAAAGUGACAAACCUUAUUGAACCUUUUUUCCAAACAUAGCUGUAAACUUAUGGUUCGGGUGCAGGUAAGAAGAAUUAUCAUUGUAAAAACCUUGGUACAGCAUUGUUAUUCUCCACACCCAUCCACAACGUCACUGCAUUGUAAAAAGUCGAAAUAAAGUUUUAUGCCAGCUCAGCAGAGGAAACUUGAGGUGAAAUCCUACAUUGGUUUUACUUAGCUUUGCUGAG